AUGGUCUUUGCCUUCUUUCUCCUCAGUUGCAGGCUCAUUUUUCUCUCAGUCUUCAUAAUUACAUUGUCUGAUUUAGAGUGUGAUUCCAUUAAUGCUAGAUCAUGUUACUCAAAAUUAAACAAGUGGGUAAUUCCAAGAUUGAUUGGCCAUACUAUUGUCACUGUAUUAAUGCUCAUUUUGUUACACUGGUUCAUCUUCCUUCUCAACUUACCUAUUGCCACUUGGGAUAUAUACAGAAAUACACAAUCAAGGACAGCAAAAGUAACACAUGAAAGACCAUAA